AGGCAAGAAGUACUGGCAGUGUCUUGGUCCCCCCGUCAUGAAUACAUUUUGGCGACAGCAAGUGCUGACAGUAGAGUAAAAUUAUGGGAUGUGAGGAGAGCAUCUGCAUGUCUGAGUACGCUUGAUCAGCACAAUGGAGAGAAGUCCAAAGCGUCUUCUGAGGCAGCAAACACUGCUCACAAUGGGAGAGUUAAUGGUUUAUGCUAUACGAAUGAUGGACUUCAUCUGUUGACCAUUGGUACGGAUGAUCGGAUGCGACUGUGGAACAGCUCCACUGGAGAAAACACACUGGUGAAUUAUGGGAAAGUCUGUAAUGAAAGUAGAAAAGGACUCAAAUUCACCGUCUCUUGUGGCUGUAAUCCAGAGUUUGCCUUUGUACCGUAUGAUAGUACCAUUGCUGUUUAUACAGUUUUCACAGGAGAAUUGAUAACUAUGCUUAGAGGGCAUUAUAGUACUGUCAACUGUUGUGUAUUUCAACCUAAUUUUCAGGAACUUUAUAGUGGUAGCAAAGAUUGCAAUAUCCUGGCAUGGAUACCAGCUCUUCGAGAGCCAGUUCCUGAUGACAUGUCUGAAAAGUCUCUGCCACAACAGCAUUUAAACCCAGCAUAUGAAGACGCAUGGAGCAGCAGUGAUGAUGAAGGCUGAAUUUUAAUUAUAUGCUGAUGUAAUAUUGACAUUCAGGCACUGUGUUCACAGACUUUAUCUACAGAAUUUGCAGAUUUAUUACAACUGGAUUUUUGGUACAGUUCUGUUACAGCAAGGUCUUUCAGAAAUGUUUCCACUGUUCUCUAUGUUCUUUCUUCACUGAUACAGUUAAAUCUAAAAGAUUACUUUUUCAUCCUUACUGACUUUUAUAUUUACCUUUACAAAUUGGUAUACUUUAUUCGGUGUUGAACAGCUGAUAAAGGAAAAAUAAAAGCUCUUGGGACCAGUUA